AUGCAGAAUUCCUCGCUAUUCGCCCGCCUCGGCCACCUCCCCCCGCGCCCCGCAACAGAAACUCCCCCAUCCCCGCCCUUUCCCCACCCUGCCCCCACCCAGACAGAAGUCUCCCCGGUAGUCCCCAAAGCCCAGACUGCUCGCGCUUCCACGCAAGUGAAUCUCAGGAACCCGGCGGACGCGGAGAGGCCCUUCCUGGCACAGCCUCUACCCAUCACGGCCGGCAGGCUCCGGGGACUCCCUGCCCCCGGAAACCCCGGAGAAACUAGGCCGGGAAUGCCAGCUCCGGCCACUCUCCGCCAGCUCGGGGACCCCCUGCAGGGGAAGCCAACUACCUUGUCAUCCGACAACCCUAUAAGUGAAUUCGGAAUUGGACCCUGGCCAAGUUGAGCCUUUCGAUGACUAAACCAACACCUCAACUGUGACCUCCUGACAAACUUUGACCCAGAAUCACCCAGCAAAGCUGCUCCUGGAUUCUUUAUUCACAGAAGCUAUGAGAUAAUAAAUUUUUCUUGUUUCC